CGGCAGCUGGCUGUUGGCUCUGGCGCAAAGAAACGCUGUUUCUCGUGCCGCUGCUGCUGCUGUCGUCGUGGUCUUGCUGACACUGAAGUCGCCAUCGUCGCCGCUGCUGCUGCUGCUGCUGCUGCUGCUGCAAACGUUGUAGAGCGUCCGUUCAUGUGUUUCGAUCAUGUUCUUGUGCUGAACAGGACCAGCAGUCCGGCGAGAAGCCAGCGACAUCAAAUUUAGCGCAGUCUGGCCAGGACAGCCAGAAUUGGCCGGCUAGCGCUGAAGUGAGCAAAGCCUAUACGAACACUCUCGGAUCAGGAACGCAGUGUCAGCCAAGUUCAGCUUAUUCAAUCGUUCCUACUCACGUUGAAUCACGACAAACUGAUGAUUUCGCAAGAGAGACCGGACGACAGCGCAUAGCACAGCCGGCGGCGAUUUACAAACGCUAGUUGCUGAGUGGGCGCCCCCGUUCCUACCUCGGGACCGUCAACAAACGCAAUCUCUGUUUUGUUCGUCAUCGUUUGCAACAGCUUCAACGUUAUAUUACCACAGGCGUAUCAAUACCUCCGGAUCUAGCAGGCAUUUAAAUAGGAGGUUGAUUUUGGCAAGAAGCACCCCAGUCCCGCGUAUUCUGUCACGGAAAAUAUUCUCUAGUUGUUUUGCAACUUUACGUUCGACUCGCAGAGGGUUCGCGAACUUCUGCCAACAGAAGUCACCUCGCAACGAGCGACAUACGACAAAGACAUGAAUACUGCUAAUGAUCACUAUGAUUUUCAUACCUAAAGCGUAGUGCCUGGCAGCGACCUAUCGUCAUUUUGUGAUUGCGUUGCAUCUGCUAGCCCAGGAUUGUGGCGGUUAUAGUGUCUAUUUGUGAAAUGCGUUGUUGUUGCUGCUGCUGCUGCUGUUGUUAUUGUUGUUAUCGUUGUCGUUGUUAUUGUUGUUGCUAUUGUUAGUUAUUAUAUUACUUUACUUUUUAUGUUAAACGUAACAGUACCAUCAUCGCCAUCUGCAUCAUCGAAAAGAAGACGUGUGCGGGUAGUACUUAUUCCAGUGGACUUCCGUAGCGUUGUUGUGCAAGCCAUUUGUGAUGGUAUCAGUGUAUCCUUUGAGCGCGUGUUUAUGCGAUUGUGUUGUGGGCCGGUAAGCCAAUAUCGAUUGAAGCUCGCCAGAUUUGGAGAGACUAUACAGAUUCACUCCGGGUGUUGUAGAGCAAUUAACGUAUUGCCAACUAUAAAGGCCAUCGGCGGUAUGGUCGUUGAGAUGGAGGAGGGCGGCGGAGGUGCGCUCAAAAGCGCGGGGCCAGUUCUACCACCAAGUAUCAUCCAAACUGGGGCACCUCCGGGGCCUGUACUCCCGAUGCUGCCUGUCCUGCCAGCCGCUCCUGCACAAGGCGUUAGACAGACCUCAAGCCCUCGAGCAACUGACUUUAGUAUCGCGGCGAUUAUGGCUCGUUCCGAAUCACCCGCAUCGAACAACGGUUCGCCAUCUCCGAGAUCAUCGCCGCAACCUUCGCCAGCAGCCAGCUCGCCCUCAGCGCCUCCGCCAAAAAAGUCGCGAACUCCUCAAGCGUCUGCAGCUUCAGCCGAUGACGGAGGCAACACCUCAGGUACUGAAGAUACCGACCGAGUAGAGAGGGUCCCUUCGGGACCUAACCCCUACGCAUCGUUGUUACGGAGCGCAUGCAACAGCCCAGCGCUAGAAAAAAUCGAAUGCCAUCUGGAAAACAGAGACCUCUGGGAGAGGUUCAACGAGCUCGGUACUGAAAUGAUUAUCACCAAGACAGGAAGGAGAAUGUUCCCAACAGUCCGUGUGUCGUUCAGCGGCUUGCCGGCGGUCUCAACGGAGCAUCGGUUCCACGUGCUACUAGAUAUAGUUCCGUGCGACAACAAGCGUUACCGGUACGCGUACCAUCGUUCGUGCUGGCUGGUUGCGGGCAAAGCUGAUCCACCUUCGCCGAACCGUCUUUAUCAGCAUCCCGACUCCCCGUACGCUGCCGAUCAACUACGAAAGCAGGUCGUCUCCUUCGAAAAGGUCAAACUUACCAACAACGAAUUGGACAAACACGGACAUAUCGUGCUCAACUCGAUGCACAAGUAUCAGCCGCGUAUCCACCUCGUUCGUAGACGCGCGUCGGCAUCCAACGCUCCAAUCGGUAAUGUAGCUGAUGAAGAGUGCGCAACCUUCGUCUUUUCCGAAACAACGUUCACGGCUGUAACCGCUUACCAGAACCAGCUUAUCACUAAGCUCAAGAUUGACUCGAAUCCUUUUGCCAAAGGAUUUCGCGACUCGACUCGUUUAACGGAUUUCGAUACGGACCCUAUUGGAAACCCUCUUCUCGGUGACAAUCCAUUCAGCCGGCUUAUGGCUGACCCUGCGGCCUUAGCAGCCCUCCCUCAAGAGCUCCUGUCGCAGGCCGACCCUGCCGCCUAUCUUCAGCAGAUGGCAACAUAUGCUCAACAGAUGGCACUAUUCGGACCGCAAGCAACGCUAGCAGCUGGCAUAGGUGGCCUGUCCGGAAUGACCGGAAUGCCGGUUAUGGGUGCAGCUGCCUCCGCAGCUGCAGCUGCCGCCGCCGCCGCCGCCACCGCCACCGCCGCUGUUGCUAAUCCCGAGAUGGCGGCCGCCCAACAACAUCAGAUCUACGCCCUAAGGAUGGCCGCCCUCCUACAAGCAACCGCAAACCAACAACAACAACAACAACAACAGCAGCAGCAACAGACGCGUGAAAGUCCACCGUUCACAACUGGCGAUCCGAGGUUCGCUUCGUACCAGGUACAUUCGCGCCAUCAGUUGCCUGCAGCAGGCGCCAGACCUCAACCUGUUGGCUCAUUAGUUGCUGCUGCGGCAACUGUACAAAACGUUCAUAGUGGUGGAAGCGCCGCUUUGGUUGCCCAGAAUGGCGUCUCCCACCCGGGACGCGUCAAUCGCUCCGCAAGCCCCCCCAUCGACGUAUGCUCCUCUCCUCCGGAAUCGCCUGCUCCUAGCAAAUGAGCCUCAGACAGCUAGUGACGACGUAGUUGAAAAAACAUUGUUAGAGACGUGCGUGCACCGACCAUUAGUCAAAAGAACAUAUAUAAUGUGAGCAACCUAAAAGCUGACGUUUCAUGGUUACCGUGCCGUAUUCGCAAAUAGUCUAUGAGAAACGAUUCAUUACAAUGUUAACCAGGGGCAACGGCGUCCGAUAUAUAGCGUAAAAUCAGCUUCGAAUUUUCAAAGUUACCCGAAUAUUUCUGAAAAAAAGUAUUUUGAGAAGAGCUUCGGUUAAAAUUUAUUGCACUUUGCCCAUCUCUGCAAGACGCAGACACAAAAAACGAUAAAAAUUAUGAAUCAGUGGAGUCGCAUAAAUUAUAGUAUCUUUAAUUUAAAGCAUCAGGACCAUCCAUGAUUGACGAUAGAGGUGGACGUAAAACUAGGAACAUUUACUUUUAGGGUGCUCUUUUCUUUGCUACUUCUUACUAACUAAUGGUAAUUAAUAUAGACAAGUACUAGUUGCAGACAGGAAAACAGAAACACAUCGGCUCUGCUCUACAACUCUAUAGAAGCAGAUCGGUAAUUUUUAGUAUGAAUGAACGCUUUAGACGAUGUUGUAUAUAAUAGUACUCCUGACAUAAUUAUAAUAGAAAUUACAUUCAUACCUAGGAACCAUAUAUACAUAUAUGUGUGUGUGUGUGUAUAUAUAUAUAUAUAUAUAUAUAUAUAUAUAUAUAUAUAACACGAAAAACUAUUGUUGUAUGCGUGAAUGUUAGCUAGAGAUGCAGGUGACAAAUCUGAGUGAUGGAUAGAGAAAAAAAAACCCAAAAUUUGAGGUCCUAUUUUUAGGGUCGUACUCCGAAAUGAGCUAAAGCACAACAAAAUGUGUGCAAUUGUGCAUCAAGUUCGUUCGGAUUAAUUAGCCUUAUCUGCACACACACUGUAUUCUAGCCAUGUGUAUAACCAUAUUUCUUGGUAUCUAUAUAUAUCGCAGCAUUAUAACAGGCACUCGGAUCUACUUUGCCUCUUUGUCGAAAUGAUUCUACUAUAUAUAAUACAAACCUGUCCUAACCUAAAGUGGUCAUCGUAAAUUUCACAGUAAAUUGAGACUAAAGGCAUUGUGCUGCUAUACUAUGUUUAGGUUCGAUCUCAUUGUCAAAACCGCUUCUCUGUUUCCUUCGUAUUCUGCAUAUAGUAGACGGAAGACAGAAACGAGUUUUGCUACAUUUGACGUCGCUGAAACAUUUCGGAGGCCCGGAACGGGGUGCGCGCAUCUUCAUCUUAUCGUAGCUUUGAAUGAGUCUGGAGUUUCUUUUCUUUUACUACGUUUGGCUACUCCAGGAAUGAAAGAGCAGUACGCUCGGGCAUAGUAUACAUACACGCUAAACGUUAAACGUGCUAUUUGUCUCUCUUGGUAGAAUUCGCGAAGGCAUUCAACUAACUUCUACGAAGGACGACGUAGCUAUAACUGUGCCGUUCUUCAUUGAGACUACCGUUCAUAUUGAUCGCAAACAAGUCGAAACAGCGAGUCACUCCUGUGGCCGCCGCUGUCGGUGGCUACGACGACGACGCAAACAGAUAUCCGUGUCGUACAAACAAAGAAACCCACUUGUUCUUUUCGGCAGCCAGAACCUUAGCAGAAGUUUAGGCAACACGAGAUGCCGGCUACGGCACCUUAGGCCGCCGCAUCUGACCUUUCUCCGUUCGUCUUCCUAAACCUCAACUUAAACAAAAGCUCGGAUGAUAUAUAAUGUAUUAUAAUCUGGCUACAAACAGACGCAUACAUGCAUAUAUACAUUUAGUAUAGAAUAUUAACUUAUUCGAAUGGUUGCGGAGAGCUUUCGGAAUGUCUUUUUUUUGACGUUAUUUGCUUUGUCCACUGCCUUGACACUGGGAGUACUUGCCAAGGCCAGUAUCUGUUUUUUGACUGUCCUGGGUGGAGUUCGGCUGUAUGAUGAACGAAUGAAAUUGUCAACUCCAUUACGAUGCAAUCUAGACUUUUUGCAUUUGUUGAAAAAUGGAUAUGGAAAAAAAGUAUGAAACGCUCACCGCUACUGUGACCUCAUCCUCCUUCAACUACCAUGUACAUAUCAUGUAUAUAGUUUCUACAAGUGAUGAGUCGAAUCAUAUUUAUCAUAACUAGAAGGAGGAAAAUCAUACAGACCUGGCAAAAUCGAAAUCUAUACGAAAAAAGGAAAGCAGGAACUAAAGCGUAUGGCGACGAUCUAUUGUACUACGUGGACAAAAUACAGAGCAGAGCUAUAAAGCCAAAUAGUAAAUAAAGUUC